UCCACCCGCUGGCCCGCCCAGCUCCCUGGAGCGGGCGCUCGGCCACAGGGUCCGCGCUCUCCAUCGAGGACCAUGGCGAGGUUGAGCUGGGGAUACGGCGAGCACAACGGCCCUAUUCACUGGAACGAAUUUUUCCCCAUUGCUGAUGGUGAUCAGCAGUCUCCGAUUGAGAUUAAAACCAAAGAAGUGAAAUAUGACUCCUCCCUCCGACCGCUCAGUAUCAAGUAUGAUCCUACCUCAGCUAAAAUCAUCAGCAAUAGUGGCCAUUCCUUCAAUGUUGACUUCGAUGACUCAGAGGACAAAUCAGUUCUGCGUGGAGGGCCUCUCACCGGAAGCUACAGGUUGCGCCAGUUCCACCUGCACUGGGGGUCCGCAGAUGACCAUGGCUCUGAGCACGUGGUCGACGGAGUGAGAUACGCUGCAGAGCUCCAUGUUGUCCACUGGAAUUCAGACAAAUACCCCAGCUUUGUAGAGGCAGCUCAUGCGUCAGAUGGACUGGCUGUCCUGGGAGUAUUUCUAAAGAUUGGGGAACACAAUCCCCAACUACAAAAGAUCCCUGACAUUUUGGAUUCCAUUAAGGAAAAGGGUAAACAAACACGAUUCACAAAUUUUGACCCAUUAUCCCUGCUUCCACCAUCCUGGGACUACUGGACAUACCCUGGUUCUCUAACGGUUCCACCUCUCCUUGAGAGUGUCACGUGGAUUGUUUUAAAACAGCCUAUAAAUAUCAGCUCUCAACAGCUGGCCAGAUUCCGUAGCCUCCUGUGUACAGCCGAGGGUGAGACGGCGGCUUUCCUGUUGAGUAAUCAUCGUCCUCCACAGCCCUUGAAGGGUCGCAGAGUGAGAGCAUCUUUUUAUUAACUGCCACCAUUGGGUCAGCAAACAAAACAGAACUCAGACAUUCCUACUAACAGCUUUUCUAGACUUUCAAGCUUAUAGAUUCCACUUUCCCAGCAUCUUUGGCACCACAGAGGAAACCAGAGAUCUGAACUAACUUAGCUCAUCUUGUCUCCUAGAUUUACACCAACACAUGUCCAAUUGGCAAACGUUGUUGGGUGUACAUUAAUAUCACAAUGUACACCUCUUCAGCCUUCAUGACCAUAUGGUCAACCUUUCAAACCUCAUAAUGCACUAAAAGUUUGUUGUGGCCUUUGACUGAUCCUGCCACAUUUUAAAUGGUGUUUGCUAAAGACUUUAAAUUCACUUUGAAAAUGUUAUAAUUCCUAAACAAGUAGUUCUUACAGUUUUUUAAUAUUUUUCCUGUUAAUCAAGACUAUAUAUUUCCUUUAAUGUAUUUUUUUCCUCAAACUCUCCUUGUGUGUACUGUGUGAUAUAGUAUGCUACAUGAGGUACACAGAAACUAAGAUAGAAUGAAUACUGUGUUUACUUUUCUGACCAAGGUAACAUACAGCUUUAGUGAGGAAUUCUUCAGCAUAUAAACAGCUAUUUAAGGCAGUAUUUCAUGAAAUAUAUUCACCUAAGAAUGCUAAUGACUACCAAAGUGAUGACUGACACUGUGUGGCAGUGUUGGCUGGCUCAUGGCAUUAACACGGUUCAGACUGUCAGGUUACACAGUACUACUGCAGCAAAACUGCCCUGAGCUGGUGAGCAGGUUCCUGCGUUUGCCCUGUGUUUUAACAGAGCAGGGAGCUGUCCCGUGUCCGUUGUGUUUUUCUAUCUCUAGUGAAAAAACAGAACUGAGUCUCACAUAGAUGCCUAAGGCAUCCAGUGCACUUACCUGGUACAGCUCAUUUCUCAUUUGUACAUGUUACUAAGUGUCUCACACGUUUAAUAAGAUGCCAUUUGGUACUAAUUUUAACAUGUUCUAUCUGGAGAGGUUUUUGUUUGCAUUUGGUGAAGGAGGAUGGGUGCUAUGUUUCUUUUGCUUUUCCACUAUGGAAUGACCCCAUCAUUAACUCAAUACCUAUGCUUAAGUCGAGUGAGUUAUUGGUUGAAUUUUCGCUAUUUUCUCAGAAAAUGUCCCCGGGUUUCAAUGCUUUGCUUUAGAUCUCUCUCAUCUUCUAAAUGUAAAGUUAGUUAUUGAAAAUGUUCUUUGUAUUCUUCUUGGUAGAAUAACUUCAUUUUGAGAAAAUUGUAUGAUGAAGUCUACUGUCACAUAAGACAAGAGCCUGAAGGUUAGAACGGACACCUCAGCCAUUGUUUUCCCCUCUCAGUGUCCAACUUCCGCCUGGAGGAAGACCCACAUACCGUAAAUAUUUAAUGAGUUAUAUAGUUAAAGGAUUCAUUUAAUAAUUCUGGUAAUUCUGAGAUCAAUGCAGCCAAGUUAAUUUAACAAUUAAAAUAGGAUAUCUCUUGAAAGUUUUCUAAAGGCAAUAUUUAUUAAUCUACUCUUUAUAGCCAGAGAUCCUAGUGGUUUUAAGCAUAUCAGUGUUGGGUGGGAAGGUAUUUCUUUAGUUUGGAAACACAUGCAGGGGAGUGUUCUAGUCAGAGAAGGAGUCUAUUUUAUCAGGAUUUAGAAUGUGUAAAAGUGGGGACUCUAAUGACAUCUAAGUGUUAAACAACUGGUAACUCAUGUUUUCACUGCAGCAUGGUGUCUGCUCUGGGUGUACAUCUCACCACAAUGGACUAAAACUAUUCACCAACACUGAUUUCCUUGGAGUUCAUCUGCUUAUGUAGAUCUCUUAUAGGUAGAUGGUCAGUGCUUUAAAGUUGUCAUAGUAGUCUCUUUCAACAGAAAUGUAAGGUACUCAUAUGGAUGUCUUAUUUCCCACAUUACCUAUUGAUUUUUUCUUGUUAAGUAUUUUAUAUUAUAAUUUAAUUUGAUUCAGCUUUAAUAAAGAAAACGAGAGUUUG